GAGAGGUCGGUCAGGCUCACUCUUGUUGCGUCAUCAGUAUGCGCCUCCAGGAUAAAAACCGGGUCUGAGUUACAAAAGCAUGGCCGCUGCCGAAGCGGCGGUGCCGUCGUCGUCUUUGAAGACAGACACUGCCCCAGUCCCUGAAACUGCAGGAGCAGCCGCAGCAAUGGCUACGACCCCUUCAGCUAUGGCUGCAGUGGCGACGGUUGCGGCUGCGGCCAGGACCGGAUCCGAUGCCAGGGUCUCCAAGGCCGCUUUAGCUACUAAGCUGCUGUCUCUGAGCGGCGUGUUCGCUGUGCACAAGCCCAAAGGGCCCACUUCAGCCGAGUUGCUGAAUCGGUUGAAGGAGAAGCUGCUGGCAGAAGCUGGAAUGCCUUCUCCAGAAUGGACCAAGAGGAAAAAGCAGACUUUGAAAAUUGGACAUGGAGGGACCCUAGACAGUGCAGCCCGAGGAGUUCUGGUGGUUGGAAUUGGAAGGGGAACAAAAAUGUUGACCAGUAUGUUGUCAGGGUCCAAGAGGUAUACUGCCAUUGGAGAACUGGGCAAAGCUACCGACACACUAGAUUCUACGGGGAAAGUAACAGAAGAAAAACCUUACGAUAAAAUCACACAAGAAGAUAUUGAAGGCAUUCUACAGAAAUUUACUGGGAAUAUAAUGCAAGUACCCCCCCUCUAUUCGGCAUUAAAGAAAGAUGGCCAGAGACUUUCAACUUUGAUGAAGAGAGGUGAAGUCGUAGAAGCAAAACCUGCCAGGCCAGUGACUGUAUACAGUAUCUCCCUUCAGAAAUUCCAGCCACCAUUUUUCACGUUAGAUGUUGAAUGUGGAGGAGGUUUUUAUAUCAGAAGCUUGGUCAGUGACAUUGGCAAAGAACUCUCUUCCUGUGCCAAUGUGCUAGAACUGACCCGAACCAAACAGGGACCAUUUACACUAGAAGAACAUGCCCUUCCUGAAGACAAAUGGACAAUUGAUGACAUUGCACAGUCUCUUGAGCAUUGCUCAUCUCUUCUCCCAGCAGAGUUGGCACUUAAAAAGUCAAAACCUGAGGAGUCUAAUGAACAGGUUUUGAGCUGUGAAUCUAUAACUCUAAAUGAGACAAAGGGAGAAGACGAUGUAAGUAAGCCAUUUUGAAAUUGGCCUGGGAAUAUCAUCAUUUCCUGGUGACAUUUGAAUCCUGUGUGCAGAUGCAGAAUGACAGGCUACAUGCAAGAGACAACCAUUCCUAACUUAAUUUUUUGCAUGAAGGAAAGUGUCCAUCAUUUACAGGUUUCUAUAGUAUAUAAUUUAUUUGCUAUACAUUAUAUAUGGCCUUGUACUUUAGUUCUUUGCUGUACUAUGGAAUGUUCUCUUAGAAUUUUUUAUGUUGUUAAAGUGUGAAUAUGAUUGGAUUCAGGAAAAUUAACCUUCUGAAUUUGAUCUGUCUUUAGUUUUUUCCUGUGAAAAAGUUGAACAGAUUUUCUAAUCAAAGAAAAAAGAAAUAUGGGCUACAUGUUUUAGUUUCACAAAAGUGAAUGUAAUUUAGUGUUAUUUUGACUUUAUUUAGGCUUCCUGAUGGCUCCAUUUUAUUGAAAUCUAUCAACUUGUUUGAAAUGGCCAUUAUUGAUCUCUUUCUUGUGUUUUGGAGAGUUGUUAUUAUUACAAACAUUUCUUUGAUAAAACUACAUUCAUUUAGUAAUGCUUGUGUUUAUUUAGAUCUUGGAAAUAAACUUUUAUAAUAAAUAUUUGUAAAUGUACCAAAUUAUUGCUGCUGCCACUAACAGAAUAUAAAUAGAAAACUAAUAUUUAACUAAAUUCAUCUCUACCGUUAGAGAAGACAGCCCCUAAAGCUUUGUAUUUUGGCAGCUGUGAGAUAUUUUCCUGGUAAUUUCAUCAACAUAGUCAACCAUUUUGUACCAAAGUACUAAAUAACAUAAUUUUUAAAAUUUAAAAUGAAUGCAUUUUUGAUUAAAAAGUUCUUUAUUCCUUAGCAUUUAUUUCUCUCUUUAUAGGGCAUUAAUCCCUGUGACAUUGUGUUUUUAGUUGUUGACUCUCUUUCAAGUGAUAUUUAUAGACAUGGAGAUAGCUGUCCUGCAUUUCUGCUCUAAAUAUUUAAAAACAGUUAUUCUCAAACAUUUUCAUUCAAAUAGCUUUCUGAAAGUUUCCUAUCCCUGUUUGCCAUAAUUUUGAAAAUGUUAUAUUACAAAUGUCAUAUUACAAAAUGGUAAAUUUCAUAUAUAAUGAGUGCUUCACAUUUUUGUUUUGGGAGAGCAAUACAUUGUGCAGCCAGACUGUAGAAACGUUCAAAUUCCUCUUCCUUUACUCAAAAGGGGUAUAGUUUCAAAAGGAAGACAUUAAAAUUUUUCUAAAAUACAAGUUUUUAGAUUUUUAUGGAUUGACUUUUUAAUGGUGGUUGCCUGCUUGCAACCACUAACUCAGAAUUUUAAAAUAUAUAAACUAUAGUGGUUUUAUUUGUAGUUAACCUAAUAUAAACUCAAUAAAAAAAGUUGUAUGCUUCAGUAGAACAUUGUCAGCACAUUGGCAACAUAUUUUAAAUGAAAAUAUUAAAACUAAUUCUUAGUAUGAGACAGAUAAUUACAAGGAAAAGAGUAUUGAUAUCAUGAUGCAUUAACAUAAAAUGCCAAACACACAAAGUUUUAAAUUAGAAAGUUUACGAUUUUACUUGUUCAUAUCUAGUGCCCCACAGUUUGUGUUAACCAAAGGUAGCAGUGGGUACCUUUGCCUAUUGGAAUGUCACAGGUAACAGUAUUCAUUGCAAGUAAAGUCCAGUAGUGAAGUAUUUAGGUUUCAGAACACAGCUGAGGUAUUUCUGUUCUGUUUCUCACACUUAAAAAAUUGUCGUGUAUAGUUUACUAAUUGGGAAGAGUAGAGAUUGUUUGAAAAGGCAAGUAAUUUUCAAAAAUGAUAGCCAGUCUUUUUUUAUAUUGAAAACAUUGAAGGAAGUUUUGCCAAAUGGGAAAAUUACCCAUUAUCCUCAUCAUUCUAAUGUAGUUAACUUUAGAAUUUCAAUUUUUAUAUUAUUCUUUCCCUUUUUUUGUUCACAUAAUUACAAUCUUAAGUCACCUAUACUUUUUAAUUGACUAUUUUUCAUUUGAUAUUAUCUAUUUGUAUUUAGUUUUGAUAAUGAUUUUAAUUAUCUUACUUUAUACUCAUAAUUUAUUUAAACCAUUUCCUUAUUGGUGAAUACUUAAGUAGUUCUCAAUUUUAUUAGGAUACAUUUCCGGGAGUGGGAUUAUUAGGUGAAAUAAUAUGAACAGUUUUAUGAUUUAUGUUUGCCUUAUUGCAUUCCCAAAGAGUUGUAACAUUUUAUAGUUUUACCAUUUGGGUAGGGGUUUUUUAUAUGUUGUUGCUAAUUUAGUUAAGUAUAAGAGAGAGAUCAAAGUUUCUCUGAUUUGCCUUUGUGUCAUUUAUCUGUAUACUUUGUUCAUUUAUAUAAAUAAAUGUCUUAAUGGUUUCU